AUGGAAUAUCAUAUGCAAUACUCUCCGAAUGAAGAAAUUAAACAUGAAAAAGAGGUUUUUGUAGAAAAACCAUUAGAAAAAAAGAUAAUAAAAAAAAAAAAAUCAUUAUUCGUUAUUUUGUCUGUUUCUAUAUUUUCUUUAUUUACAUUAAUAAUAAUAUAUUUUAAUAAAGAAAGAAAUAAAAAUGAUAAUUUAAAGGGAGAUCCUAAUGAAGUUAUUAAUGAUGAUUAUUUAAUAACUACUUUAUUAAAAAGUAAAAAUGGAAAAAAAAUUUUUUUAUCAAAAUUAGAAGAGCUGAUAUCCAUAUACGAUAAAAAUAACUUAAAUGAUGAUAAUAAAUCAGAAAGUGAUGAAUAUAAAAGAAAUGUAAAUGAUAGAAAUGAUAAUGCAUAUAAAAAAAAAGAAGGAAAUCUAAAAAUAGCUAAGAAAGAGGAUUCUGUAAAUUUAUAUGAUGUAAGAUUUUUAAUGAGUAAUUUAGAAGUUGUUAAUUCCUUUUACUUAUUUUUAAAAGAAAAUAAUAAAAGGUAUGAUACUUCAAACGAAAUGCAAGAAAAAUUUUUAAUAUUUUCUCAAAAUCAUAAAAAAAUAGAAGAACAUAAUAGAAAAGAUAGCUUAUAUAAAAAGAGAAUGAAUCAAUUUGGAGACAUGCCUUUUGAAGAAUUUGAAAAGAAAUAUUUAAAUUUAAAAAGAUUUGACUUAAAAAAAGAUAUAGAUAAUAUAUCAGGUUUAAGUAGCUAUGAUGAUAUAAUUGAUCAAUAUAAGAAGGAAUAUGAAGAUUUUAAUCUUACCAAAUUUGAUUGGAGAGAACACAAUGGAGUUACACCAGCUAAAGACCAACAAAAUUGUGGCUCGUGUUGGGCAUUUAGUACUGUAGGAGGAAUAGAAUCUCAAUAUUUAAUAAGAAAAAAUGAACGAAUAUCUUUAAGUGAACAACAAUUAGUAGACUGUUCAGAUAAGAAUUUAGGUUGUACUGGAGGAUAUAUUCCUUUAGCUUAUGAAUAUGUAGUAAACAACGGUGGUUUAUGCACAUCCAAAGAGUAUCCUUAUGUUGAUACUAAACCUGAAUCUUGCUAUAAAGCAAAAUGCGAAAAGAAGCAUACAAUUAAAACUUUUGUAUCUGUACCUGAAAAUAGUUUUAAAGAAGCUAUAACAUUUCUAGGUCCUAUAAGUGUAAGCAUAGCUGCUACAGACGACUUCAGUUUUUACGGAUCAGGCAUCUAUAAUGGAAAAUGUGCAUAUGAGGUUAAUCAUGCUGUAAUUCUUGUUGGCUUUGGAAUGGAGGAAAUAUAUAAUUCGAGUUUAAAUAAAAAUGAAAAUGUCUAUUAUUAUAUAAUAAAAAAUUCAUGGGGAGAAUCAUGGGGUGAGAAAGGAUUUAUGAGAAUUGAGACAAAUGAAAAAGGUACACAAAGAAAAUGCUUAUUAGGAAAAGAUGCUUACGUCCCCUUAAUUGAUUAA